CGCGGGGGUCGAGGUAGACGCGCACGGCACACGCCUCCCUCCUCCCCCUCUCCCCGCGGCGGGGUGGUGUGGCCCGUUCUGAGGAGGGCGGGGAGCGGCGCGCAGCGCCUCCCUGCUCAGUGACACACGCACCCGGGGCGGGGAGGCGGUGGCUGGUCGGCGAGCGAGCGUCGUAGCGGCGGCGGCGACUGGGAGCCGAGCCUGGAGCAUGGCAGGGACCGAAGCAGCUGUGGAGGCUGCCGCUGGUUUCCCCCCUUCGCCGGCUCCUCCCGUCCGCCGGGAACUUUUUCCAGCAGCCGGCGGCGGUGCCUCCCCCCGGUGGUGGUGGCAACGGCGGAGGCAGCAGCAGUGGCGGCGGCUACGUUCGGCGGUGCCUCCCGGGCCGGGACUGGGGCUGCUGGGGCUGGUUUUCUCUCGCUUCUGCUGCAGUGCCUUAGCUGGACCAAUUGUUGAUCCACAUGUGACAGCAGUUUUGGGGAAGAAGGUUGCACUGAAAUGCAUAAUUGAUGUAAAUGAAACGAUAACACAAGUUUCUUGGGAGAAGAUACAUGGUAAAACUUCACAGACUAUUGCUGUUCAUCAUCCUGAAUAUGGAAUAUCUGUUCAAGGAGAAUACCAAGGAAGAGUGUCAUUUAAAAACUACUCACUUACUGAUGCAACAAUCAUCUUAAAAAAUGUAACCUUUUCUGAUGCAGGAGAAUAUAUUUGCAAGGCAGUUACAUUCCCACUUGGAAAUACACAGUCAUCGACGACUGUAACAGUACUAGUUGAACCUGUUGUGAGCUUAACAAAAGGACCAAGCCCUCUAAUAGAUGGUGCAAAUCGGACAGUAGCAGCCACUUGUACAGCAGCCACUGGAAAACCUGCUGCGGAGAUUGACUGGGAGGGAGGUCUUGGUGAAAUGGAAUCCAGCUCUACUUUGUUUCCAAAUGAAACGGUGACAGUUGUAAGUCAGUAUAUGAUUGUCCCUACACGAUUUGCAAGAGGAAGACGCAUAACUUGUAUUGUGAGGCACCCUGCUUUGGAAAAGGAGAUAAGAUACCCUCAUGUGUUGGACAUACAGUAUGCCCCAGAAGUUUCAGUAACUGGCUAUGAUGGAAACUGGUUCAUUGGAAGAGAGAACGUUCAGCUCAGAUGUAAUGCUGAUGCAAAUCCAUUACCUAUGGAAUUUAUGUGGACCAGGUUGGAUGGACAAUGGCCUGAAGGAUUGCUAUCUGUCAACAAUACUCUACAGUUCAGCAGCCCAUUGACUUACAACUACACUGGGACUUACAUAUGUAAGGUGACUAAUUCCCUUGGUCAGAAGAGUGAUCAGAAGACUAUCUACAUAUUAGAUAUGCCAUUUAAGCAGACAUCUUCUGUUGCUGUAGCAGGGGCUGUGAUUGGAGCAGUCCUUGCUCUUUUUAUCAUUACCAUCUUUGUGACAGUGCUGCUGACCCCAAGGAAAAAAAGGCCAUCCUAUCUUGACAAAGUGAUUGAUCUUCCACCCACUCACAAACCAUCCUCAUGUGAGGAGAGACCAUCCUCUGUGCCACAGAAAGAAGCUAUGCUUCAGAAAGAACAUUUUGCUUUGCAAAGCCAGUACAGAGAGAAAGAUGUUGGAAACUUGGAGCACAUGAAAGCUGUGAAUGGAAGGCACCUUACUUGCGAGGAUGAAGAGCCACAGGAACAAGGUCUUCAGCAUAUGUAUCCUGUUUAUCAGCAAACAUACUACAAAAAUUGGAGCAGCAGAUACCCACAAAACUCGGGAUCUGGAAGAGUCUUCAUCAAUCCAAGGGAGCAUUAUGUAUGAUUCUGUACCCGGAUAUUUUAACUUUAAGAUACGAGGGGUUUAAUAUCUGACUGUAUGACCAAUAUGUCUUGUUGACUUUCAUCUCUAAAAUAAUUGGGUUUUUUUCCUGUGGGAAGAAAUUGCAUGUGAGUAUUUUAUAUAGAUAAACCCUAUGGAAUUUAAGAUUUGCUUCUAGCCUUUCGUAUGUAUUUGUUUUUGUAGUUAUAUCAACCUGCCAAAAGAGGAGAGCCAUUUAGCUUUAUUAACCUUCAUAGUCGUAUAAAUUAGAUUUGUUGACACAUGCCAAAAUGUAGUUUCCCUGGUUAUUUCAGGGAGCAUUCUCUCCCUGAAUGGAUAUUUUACAAUAAACUUACCAAUGUGAAAGUGAGUAAAUAUGAGCAAGACAACUGAAUCCCUGGUAACAUAAGCAGUCUCAGGCUGAGAGUUAUUUUUCUGUGUCCUAGAAAACUUGGGAUAAGUAUCAUUUUGACUGGCCUUACCUAUUGAUUUCUCAACUAGUUCUACCUCUCCCAGUCAAAUAAGCAACUAGACUACCUCUCAAAUACUGACUUGCUGUUUCAUAAUGCAUGUUGUGUUGUGUGUCUUCCCACCUUGUUAAAAGUGAAGCAAUUACCUUACAUCAGAAACUUCUUGUUUGAUAUUGAUCCUGGCUGUCAGUUGAUGUACUUGCUGGUUGUAGUCUCACAGCAGGUCUAUAUGAAACUUAGUUGCAGGAAGUAGAUGGCUAGACAGACAAAACUUGACACUGAAAAGUGUCUUACGUGUAACUGCAUCUUACCUACAAAUUGCUAUUUAGCCACUUUUCCAAGUAUGACUCCCAUGUUAAGUGUUGCAGAGUUUGUCUUGCUUGGUAAUAAAUACAUUUGUUCUUCGGUUUCUUCUCAGUUGGUGGUAAAACUGUCUGUGAUGUGUUCUUACACCUUAGCAAGAAAAGGAAGGCUUCAGUAGACUUCAAAUAGUUUUCAGCGUUGUCCUUUAAUCUUAACCAGUAGUGUGAAGUAACUGGAGAAUGUCCUGAUGUUCCCAGUGCUAUAACAGUAUUCCACAUUAAAUUUUAUGAGUGUGGGGUAAUGGUUGAAAAAUGUGCUCAGGAUCUUUUUAGAAAAAUAAGUUUUCCUUUGGUGUAAAAAAAAUUAAAUAUUUAGCAAGUAAAAAAAAUCUCUAAUGUAUUAGUGCUGAAAUGAGCUCACAGGACAAUCUUAAAGUAUUUUAAGACAGCAGAAAUAAGACACUGACUAAAAUUUCCUGGAGAAACUUAUGUGUAUUCUGUACAUAUAAGCACAGAAUAAUGAUUUUCAGUCAGACGAUCUUAAGACAAAAUGUUGAGAAGAAUGGCGAUGUCAUACUGAACUAGCUAGUGAUACAGAAUUAGUAUUAUUAAAUGUUACUUCUGCAGGUGAUUGGAUUUUUCAGACAGAGGGAAGAGUCAUAGUUGUAGAAGCAAUAGAACUGAAAGCUAGUAUAGUUAAGUGUGCUGCAGGCAGGAUGCUGUUAUAAAACCUGCAUUCGUAUCCAUCAUAGUACAGGUAACGAGAUCCCUAUCCACAGUAGGGCUAGGUAAAUAUUUCUGCUUUGUUACAGGUAGCAGCUGGAAGAUUAUGGCUUAGAUGCCCAUGUUCUGGACACUGUACAAGUAGACAUUAACUGUUCUCUUGCUAAGCAACUUUGUUAUAUGGUGUGGAUGAAGUUGAUAGCUGAAGGAAUGGCAAAGAAAAAGGUUGGAGAGAACCUGUUUCUCAAGAGCUUCCUUUAAACCACUGUCAACUUGCCUUUCUGUUAGGGACUGAGCACAUUCAUGUAAAUUGAGCAACUGUUUCCAUUUUGAAAGCCUCCUUCUGUAGUUGAGCCCCAAAGAAGGGCUUGUGUGCCCCAAAAAUAUUUUUUCCAAUACUGUCAGCUUAAAUAGCUACCUCUUUCCACAAGCAUUGCCUCAUCUAUCCUUACAUUACUGCAUCUCUAAAAAACAUCUAUUGCCAGAACAUGAAAAGAUGGCAGUGUCUUGGCCAAGUGUUAAAGCAAAUAGAAUGACAGAACAUUGAGAUUAACUAUACUGCUUGAGAUAAUUUGACCGAUAUCACUGAGCAAAAGUUCAUACAAAAAAUAUUUGGUUAUACAUUGUGGGCUGGUUGAAAACAGUGGUGGUGUGGUAAUGCUUCGGCUACAUUUAUUAGUAUAAUGUGAUAUUGAGCAGGUGAUCAUUGCAGUUCCUCUUAUGUUGGCAGACGAUGUAAAAAACCAAUUAUUUAGGGUUCAGACCUCUUCUACUGCUUUUUAUUCUUAUUUGCAGAUACAUUUUUGUUUGGGGAGUUGAAACUUUGAGGGAGGGAGGAAGGAAGAAUGCUAUCAACAAAGCUAUAAUUGCUUUUUUUGAAUUUGUAAAAAAUAGCUUAAAAAAUAAAAAUGUAGUCCAAUUACAUUGCCUGAGUUAUAUAUCAACAAACUACAGAAAGCUUGAAUUGAAAACUAUCCAUCAGCAUGUAGUUUGCCCUAAAGUCAUUAGGGAAAUAUGUCAUUGUGGUUAUUAACUGUGAGAAAUGAUAUUUUGUAAUCUGUUCAGGGACAUUUAGUGUGUUAGGCUUUUUGAAAUGUUACUUAAGUGUGGCUGGAUUUUGGGGGAGGGGAUUUGGCAUCGAAUGCUCUGAAGAGAACAGAAAAAUGUCUGCUGAUCAGGAUUUCCCACAGAAAGGAGUGCGUGUAUAGAAGUAAGUUUGAUCUGCUUUUUUUUAAGAUGUAGAAGAUGUCCUUUUUUAUUUUUGUACAUUUUCAAAUGUUUGUAUUUGUAUAUUGAUUUGAAUAAAAACAUUCAAAAUAGAAA